UGAAGUACGCACCACAUUCAACACGACAUUCAACACGAUAAUCAACACGACAUUCAAAAACACCGUACGACUCAUUUCCAUCAUUCAAACGUUCGAAAUUCAAAUACUGUUUAAAACCCUUUCCAAACAUUUAUUAAAAGGAAUAAUGCACUAAAUCGAUCAAUUGGAGCUUAGACUUUAUACCUCGUGACAAAACAGGCGGAAUCAACGUAAAAUGUGCCCAAAAAAAGAGAUUUUGUACCAACAUUUUUAUCGCUAAUUUUGUAAUUCGCGCUGCAAAGAACAAUUUCCUAAAUUUCUCAACCCCGAUUCCAUAGAAAUCCUUUGAACUUUCAUAUUUAGUAGAGAAUUAUAUGCUCUUUCAAACGAUGUGUAACAUGAAAGUGGAUUGGUCGUAGAAAUAUAUAAAAUUCCGUCUUGAAAUGAAACAUGUUUGCACGCGCGUCUCUUAUAAGCUAAUUAAUAAUACCUAUUAGCGCGCAGCAAAGCCGGGCGACAGUAAUUCCUAAAGAAUCGCAAUUUUCUCAGCCGCUAUUCUAUAGAAUUUCUUCAAAUCUUCGUAUUUAGUUCGAAGUAAUAUGCUCUUUCAAACAAUGUGUAACAUGAAAGUGGAUUACGUCAAAAAAAGUUACGUCUUGAAAUCAAACGUUUUGAAUGUCGUACGUACUUCACACUUUGGUGCGGUUGAGUUUGAGAACAAAUUUCAUACAUUUCGAAAGAGGAAUCACUUGAACAUUGCAAACUUUUUAAAAGAGUGUGUCAUUAUGUACUAUUUACGAAAGUAUAGUGAAGUUCCACAGAAUAGAGGCCGAGAAAAUUGCGAUUAUUUAACGAGUAGUCUUUUCGCGUUUCUUACUCUUACUAAUGCGCAGGCAUGUCUUAAUAUAUUGCAAUUUUCUCAGCCGCUAUUGUAUAGAAUUUCUUCAAAACUCCGUAUUUAAUUCGAAGUAAAAUGCUCUUUCAAACAAUGUUUAACAUGAAAGUGGAUUGGCCCUAGAAAUGUAUAAAAUUCCGUCUUGAAAUCAAACAUAUUUGCACGCGCGUCUCUCAUAAACUAAUUAAUAAUACCUAUUAGCGCGCAGCAAAGCCGGGCGACAGUAAUUCCUUAAGAAUCACAAUUUUCUCAGCCGCUAUUCCAUAGAAUUUCUUCAAAUCUCCGUAUUUAGUUCGAAGUAAUAUGCUCUUUCAAACCAUGUGUAACAUGAAAGUGGGUUACGCCAGAAAACAAUGAAAUUCCGUCUUAAAAUGAAACGUCUCGAAUGUCGUGCGUACUUCACACUUUGGUGCGGUUGUGUUUGAGACAGAAUUUCUUACAUUUCGAAAGAGGAAUCACUUUAACAUUACAAACCUCCUAAAAGAGUGUGUCAUUCUGUACUAUUUACGAAAGUAUAGUGAAGUUCCAUAGAAUAGAGGCUGAGAAAAUUGCGAUUGUUUAACGAGUAGUCUUUUCGCGUUUUUUACUCUUACUAAUGCGCAGGCAUGUCUUAAUAUAUUGCAAUUUUCUCAGCCGCUAUUCUAUAGAAUUUCUUCAAAUCUCCGUAUUUAGUUCGUAGUAAUAUGCUCUUUCAAACAAUGCGUAACAUGAAAGUGGGUUACGCCAAAAAACGAUGAAAUUUCGUGUUUAAAUGAAACAUGUUUGCUCGCGCGUUUCUUAUAAGUAAUUACUAAUUCCAAUUAGGGCGCAGCAAAGCCGGGCAACAGUUAUUCCUAAAGAAUCACGGUUUUCUCAGCCGCUAUUCUAUAGAAUUUCUUCAAAUCUCCGUAUUUAGUGUGAAGUAAUAUGCUCUUUCAAACCAUGUGUAACAUGAAAGUGGGUUACGCCAGAAAACAAUGAAAUUCUGUCUUAAAAUGAAACGUCUCGAAUGUCGUGCGUACUUCACACUUUGGUGCGGUUGUGUUUGAGACAGAAUUUCUUACAUUUCGAAAGAGGAAUCACUUAAACCUUAGAAACCUCCUAAAAGAGUGUGUCAUUCUGUACUAUUUACGAAAGUAUAGUGAAGUUCCAUAGAAUAGAGGCUGAGAAAAUUGCGAUUGUUUAACGAGUAGUCUUUUCGCGUUUUUUACUCUUACUAAUGCGCAGGCAUGUCUUAAUAUAUUGCAAUUUUCUCAGCCGCUAUUCUAUAGAAUUUCUUCAAAACUCCGUAUUUAGUUCGAAGUAAUAUGCUCUUUCAAACAAUGCGUAACAUGAAAGUGGGUUACGUCAAAAAACGAUAAAAUUUCGUGUUUAAAUGAAACAUGUUUGCUCGCGCGUUUCUUAUAAGUAAUUACUAAUUCCAAUUAGCGUGCAGCAAAGCCGGGCAACAGUUAUUCCUAAAGAAUCACGGUUUUCUCAGCCGCUAUUCUAUAGAAUUUCUUCAAAUCUCCGUAUUUAGUUCGAAGUAAUAUGCUCUUUCAAACAAUGUGUAACAUGAAAGUGGGUUACGCCAGAAAACAAUAAAAUUCCGUCUUAAAAUCAAACGUGUCGAAUGUCGUGCGUACUUCACACUUUGGUGCGGUUGAGUUUGAGAACGAAUUUCAUACAUUUCGAAAGAGGAAUCACUUGAACAUUACAAAAUUUUUAAAAGAGUGUAUCAUUAUGAGUUUGGACUUUUAACUCUGGCUUUAUACCUUUUUUAUUAAAAAAUAGAGUAAAAAAUAAAAUAUAUUAAAAAAUUUACAAGUAAAUGUUCACAUUUUUCCCUCCCCCCCUCCACUUCUGCCUCCUCUUCCCCCUCUUUUCCCUCUUCUGGUCUUUUUCUCCAGAUAUGGGCACCGCCAUUUUUUGUGCCCUCUUUCUCGGCAGUUGUAGCAUAUUACGUCUUAAACAAUAGAGAAGUAAUAUUGGUCUUUAAUAAUGUUCGAUCCUGACCGUCUGGUUGGGCGCAGAUGUUUAUUAAACAGAAAUAAUGAUUGUACUUACCACUAGAUUUUUUUUCGUAUUUCUCUGUAUUGAUACGGUCUAAAUUAGUAGAAAUAUAUCAUCAAAAGUGUCUCGCGCGCUCAGGGAAAUAAUCAUGAAGAUUUAACGAAGGUGUGAGACACGCAAAAUGAAGAACAGGAAGGAAUUAACUUCCAUUUAAGCUUUAUUUAGGAUUUUAAAAAUAUGUGUUGGACCCUGUCAAUGAGGACUUUACUGGUCGACAAUAUUGAAUAAUGUAAAAAACACAUAAAAAAGUCAAUUACGACUAUAUAAAUUACGACUCAAAUACGUAUGACAACAAAGAUUGCUAGUGAAACAAAGCAAUCCACACCUUGUUGUUGUUGUGACUUCAUCCACGUUUGAAAUGCUUGAAACACUGCACGAAGAUAAUGAUAUCAAAUUAAAACUCGAUCAAACUAAAAGAUCAUUAAGUGUUUGCAAAUUUUUUAAAUUAAGAGUACAUACUUUCUACCAUGUGAUUGUCGGUCGAACUAGUGCUUCCAGUUUGGGUUGUGGUUUCGUUUACCGACGCACCUGACAAGACAUACAAUCAUUAAAAACAACAAACUACUUUGAAUAUUAACUUGUAUAUAUUAAACCUCCGAAAAAUUUCUGAAUCACCUUGUACGGCAUUUUCGGUUUGAUCGGUCAUCAUUUCAGUACUUUCGCAUUCAGCCAUUUUCACGACACCUUUCCACUGUAUGUGUGAUAUGCAAUUGAGGUUUCAUAUCAUUAGUGCUAUUAUUUUGACCAUGCGUUUCAAUGUACGUCACAAAAUGAUAUGUCACAAAUGACAUUUCAUCCAUUUUCAUUUCAAUCCACGUGACAAAAUGAAAUGUCGCAGAUCUGAUUUAACCUGAAGUUUUUUUAUUUUUAAAGUUGCUAUUUCUCUUUGUUAUUUUUCUUUCCAAAAACGUUUUUAUGGUAUACUUUAUAUGUUCUUCAUCGAGCAGAAAAGUUUGAAUGUGCAAAGCGAAAAUGUCAGUAACAAUUAAGACCUGCUGUGAUUAAUAUUUUCGAUCCGAUGAUGCAAGACAGGUACGUAUAAAAUGAUUAAUUAUGUGUUACGAGGUUAAUUACAAUAAAUUUAAUUAUUUGCACCCAGUCUUUAAGCCCAUAACUCCCUAUAUUCAUUUUGAUUAGAGAGUCUACUUAUUUUUUCUUCUGUCGAAGCAAGUUAUUAAAGUUAAUAUAUACACUGCACUGUCAAAAUUGAAAAUAAUGGUAAGAACGGUAAUGUAGCUACUAUUAGCUUAUGUACUGAUACACAUUUAAGUAUUAGAUUUAUAUCGGGUCUUCUACAAUAACAUGUAUUCCUUUUUGUUAAGGUUUUCAAAAAAACGAAACGCACUUUCAAUUUAAAAGAUGAUUUAGAUAAAAUAAUAUCGGCAAUGACGCAGUGCGAAGGUGACGCCGCCACUGAAGGAUGGCGAAAGCCGAAUGGAUUCUGGGGAAAAGUGACGGUUAAAUGUGGACACACCAACACAGAUUAUAUGCGUAGGGCUAUGUAUGUGCUUUGGCGUAAAAAUGUGAACAACGUGAAGGAGAAGUUUGAAGCCUUUGUUGCGUCUAAAUAUGAAGCUGAUCGUGAGAAAAAGGAACGAUCAGAAAUUCAGAUCCCAGUCUCAAACAAUUUUUCGAUUUUGGAAGAUCAGCUAAAUUCAGUCACGGAAAUAGAGGGUGAGGUCACGCCAAAUGAAAACAUAAUAUGGACAAACAUUGCAAUUGGUUCUAGUAUACCAGCGAAUGAUAGCAGAAAUAUCUCAUUCAGCGUGGAAACAGCAGAGACGAACUGCGAGCCAGAACAGUCGGAAUUAGGGGUUAGUGAAGAAACAUUGAGUUUUGACGAUUUUCCGGAACUGAUUAAUUACGCUGACUUAGGUAAGUGCAGUAAUUUUAAAGACAUGCCACGAGAGGUAGACAGAUUAAAUUCAGAAAGAAUCCAGGUUAAAGGUGAAUUAGUAGCUGAUAAUAAUAAUAGCUAUAAUAAAAAUGAAGAGUUUAUUCAUAGUGAGACAAAGCAGAGCGUCGAAGCCGUUGCUGGCGUUUUAGGGCGAAAGCGAACAAGCCAAUGCCCGCCCUCCGUGCCUCCUCGUACGUCAAAAAGAUCCAGACGGAUACCCAAAGUCUUCACACCAAACAAUGAUAAGGUUUAUUGUCUGUGCCAAAGCGAGGAUAGCGGGUGGUACCUUGUUUGCAGUUUUCGAUAUGACGGAUGUUUCAUCUAUUACCAUUCAAAAUGUGUUGGGCUGGCACAUCUGAAAUGUCAAGAGGAUGGUAAAGAUUACAGUAACUGCCAGGAUGGCGAAUCAUAUAUGUGUCCUCUCUGUGAGAAAGAACAUGGUAAAAUUAGGAAAGAACGCCAUCGCAGUCCUGGUGAUGGAAAGAUAACUGCCAAGCUAUCUGAAGAGACGCUAAAGCAAAACUGCACUGUGAACAGUAAAGACGAAUACGCGUUUAUAGGGCAAAAAAGUAAAGAUGAUCGUGAAAAAAUCGACUCUUCUUAUUGCACAAUGAAUGCAAGUGUUAAUUUAGCGAAUUCUCCAACACUUACCGAGAACGAAGAGGCGCUAGAGCAUCCGCAGCCUGGCUUUUUGAAAGCGGAAUUAGAAGAUACUGAAAGCAAGCGUUCUUCAGCAUGCGCAGACGAAAAUGUUACUUACAAUCAAGAAAGUGGUGACGUAAUGGGAGCGAAUUCCCCAACACUUACCGAAAACGAAGAGGAGUUGGAGCAUCCGAAGCCUGGCUUUUUGAAAAAGGAUUUACAAGAUAUUGAACGCAAGCGUUCUUCAGCAUGCGCCGACGAAAAUGUUACUUACAAUCAAGAAAGUGGUGAUGUAAUGGGAGAAUCUCGUGUAUAUGAUAAGAAUAACUGCUUUAGUCUCGGCGUUAGUGACGAAAGCGACGAGUGUAACUCGGACAAUUUUGAUCGUAUGGAUGGUGCCGUUCUCAACGAACACAAAAAUGAGAAUAAUUUGCCACUCUCGCAUGACACACUUAGUAGGAUGAUGGAUUGCAAACGUUUACCGUCAUCUUUUUUUACGGCUAACCUACCAGACGAAGCUACAUUUAAGCUAAGCGAGGAGGAAUGGAACGCAAUGAAGCCAAAGAUCGAACAGCCAACGCAUUUCCAGUCCUCGUGGACAAACAUAAUAGCACGCCGCAUAGCUGAGUCCAAUGCGUAUUGCACUUUUCAUUUUCAUCGGCAUUUCAUUCAGAAAUCAAAUUCAAGAAAACGACGCUAUCCUUAUGUGUUUACGGCAUAUGGAUUUUGCAUUUUCGAUGAUUGUGAAUGUAGAUUUGAACUCAGUAUGAGAAAAGAAGACCUAGAUGAAAGAAUAGUAAAAGUUUCCUAUAAUGGUAGGGUACAACAUAAGGCUGGUGAAAGACACUCACGGUUUAUUAAAGGAGACGAGAGAGAAGAAUUAAAGAAGCAAUUUCAUAAGGGCCCUGACAAGCCAUCUGUAGUCUAUCAGGAAAAGAAAUUAGAAUUAUCAAGCAAUGCUAUGGCUUCAGGUAACAGAACCAGCUGUGGUGUUCACCCAACAACUAUGCGAAAAAUCUCUAGCGAAGGUCGCCAGCUAUUGCAUCAAGACAAAGACAUUGUUAAGUCUUUAGAGAUGAUCAGACAAUCGUUUACAGAACAAGAAUCAGCCCGCGAAUGUAGUCCAACUACAUUGGAUGGAUUUAUUCACACGAUUUGCUCCUUCCCUCUAAUUGUUCAUAUGUGGAUUGAAGACCAAGUGCGUUUAUGGCAUAACAGAUGCAGUGAUGAUAUCUCGUAUUUAGAUGCAACAGGCACUGUUGUUGCCAAUUACAGCGGGAAACGGGUUUUAUACUACGCAAUGUUAGCUCGACAUCCAAAGGAAGGUGAUCCAUCAUUGCCAGUGGCGGAAAUGAUUACGAGCGAUCACAGUGCUGGAAAUAUCCGUGCUUUUCUCGAAAGAUUUAGGCGAGAUGAAAGCAAAAUAUUCAGUCGGUUAGCAUCACCACGCCAAUUGAAUACAGACUACUCUCGAGCAAUAUUGCUUGCAGUGCUAAAGGAAUUCAACAACGAAACAAUGGAAACAUUCUUCCAACGAGCCUUUCGCAUUCUGACAAAGAAAGGAUCAGUUGGUGAUUUCGAGCAAACAAUUCCACACGUCGGAUGCAGUCAUUUCAUGCAUAUUGUACAUAAAAAGAUAAAAGAAUUGUCCCGCAAUAAAAGCACUUCCAAGGAGGACCGAACCAAUGAUGUAUGGUACCGUUUUAACAUGUUCUGCGUGUCUUUGCUGGUGAACGCGCGAACGCUAUACGAGUUUGAUACCAUACUUCAAGAUAUUGUUAUAUGUCUGUCAAGUGAAAGACAAAAUGAAAUGUGUUUAGUCGCAUAUAAAAGACUAUCAGGUCGAAUAAACAAUAUGGAAAAGGAAUUUAACAUAAAUCUUGCGGAAUUUCAAGCGGAAAGAGAGUGUAAAACGUCUCAUAAUGAAGAAGAUAACAUCGAUUCUGGCAAUCCAUUUGUGAAGUACUUCCAAGAGAAAAUAAGUGUAAUAAAAACACGUUUCGAAAACCAAACAAACUUAUUACAAUGCGCAGAGGCAAAUAGAUCAUACUGCCCGAAAUUUUUAGAAUUCAUACUGAAAUACAUCCAAGAAAUGCCAUUAUGGUCAGGAGUUUUGUUAGGGAAUUUGGACCGGUACAAGGAUGAUUCGAAUAAGAGUAGAAAAGCAACAUACAAUCCUGUUAAUACAUUCCUCUCGUUUUCGUCCGCAAAUGCUAAAUCAGAAGGUUACAUCGAAGGUGCAAUGAGAAAUCUGAAACAAGAAGAUUUCGCCGGAAGAAAGCGACUAAGAGCCGACGCAUUUGUGUCAGAAAAUUAUUCAAGAAUCCGAAGGCGUGUGCGUGAUUACGCUGAUAGAUUACACAGCUGUAUUCUUAAUAGAACAAAGAGAACGUACAAAAAGAAAUCUCAAAGCAAAGAAAGUGACAAUUCAAGCCCAAGUGAGAGUAUCAAUUCAAAAGAGGAAAAGUUCCAUGAAGCUCAAGAAAAAUGGGGAAAGAAAGAUCCAGAAACACCAAAACGAGACCCAAGGAUCGGGCAAUUUCAACAAUCCCCGACCAUAUCACUUAGCGAAACUCCAGAUUUAAAGAAAAAGAGAAGUGUUCGAACUAAGAAUAAUAAUAAGAAGUUGAAACAGAACAGUGGGAAACAUCAUGACGAAAAGGAUUGUAGAAAAGAGGAAUUGAUUGAUCCCAAAACAGAUUCUCAAAAGAAGGAAAGCAGCCACGAGACAACUUUCUUGGAAGAGAAAGACUCUAAAAAAGUGGACUUUCACUGUGAUAAAUCAUUUCCGCGAAGCGAAGAAGAAAAUUGUAAUGAAUCAUUUCCGCGAAGCGAGGAAGAAAAUUGUGAUAAAUCAUUUCCGCGAAGCGAGGAAGAAAAUUGUAAUAAAUCAUUUCCGCGAAGCGAGGAAGAAAAGAGUCACGAAACAACAACCCUGCGAAAAGAGGAAUAUAAAAUGAGAAAAGUGAAUACAUGCAGCAAGAAACCUCUCAAUAAAACAAGGAAGCGAAGACCUCGCAUGACAAAAAAAGAAAAGAAAGAAAUGGAAAGAAAAUUGUCGGAAUGGAUGUACAAACGGGAUACAGAUGACAAGGAAUGUAAAAAGACCAGAAAAAACCGAAAAAUCUCGAAGGAAACAUUAAAUUCAAAACGGAAGAAGUUUAAUGAGUUAAUUAAUAGUUUAGAUAAUGACUUAAACGAUGUUCAAUUUGUAGCAUUGCAAAACAAAAGAAAUGAUUGUUGGUUAAACAGCCUAGUUCAGUGUUUGUAUUCCCUGCCGCUUAGGUUGCGACUUUUGGAUGAAAUGAAGAAUACCACAUCCGAGGUCACAUCAGCGUUAAUGAGUGUCGUAAGCAGAAUGGAAUACGCCUCUGGUACGAACGCAACUUUAUAUCCAAGUGAGCUUCACCAAGCUAUCCAGAAAGAACACCAAUUGCUUCCAGGAGAACAGCAAGACAUUCAUGAAAGCUUUACUUUACUAUGUUCAGCGGGAGCGGAAGGCAUGAAUGACAUUAUUGCUAGCCAUUUUCAAAUUGGAUGUCAAUAUAGAAAGACUUGCAGUGAAUGUGGCUUUAAACAGGACUUGCAACCGGAAACACUGACAGCUCUUUUAAUACCUGUAUUAAAUGGUGUAAAUGAUUUAGAAUUAAGUGUUUUCAACAGCAUAAACGACGAAGUUUCUAUUCACUGCAGCGCUUGCAGAGAGGUUACAAUCCACAGGCGUUCAGGAAAUUUUUUGUUUCUACCUGAAACUUUAGUCUUAGUGUUUAAGAGAUUCGAUCACGAUGAAAGAGCAAAAAAGAAGCACUCGAAGGUACUAUUACCACUAGAACUACAGAUUACGGCGAAUCAAACAAACAGUUACAAACUUCGGGCAUGCGCCCUUCAUCACGGAAUGCAUAUUCAUAAUGGACAUUACACAGCGGUUGUUUUUGAUGGAGGAAAUGUUAUCGAAAUUGACGAUGAUAAAGCCAAGGAUUUAACGGAUAAUUGGAUAUAUCAUAUACAAUCUACAGUUUAUUUAGCAUUUUACGUCAAGAAAUAUGUGUCUCCUGGGCAAUCAUCGAAAUCGUAUAUUGCCCCUCGUUCACAAAGUCCCCGUCAAGACGAAGAAAAAAGUAGGGAAAAUAUAUACAAUGUCUACGAUAUUUCGCACAAGUACAAACGUUUCUGUUCGGUGGAGUCUAAUGGUUAUGAUUUAGCAGGAGAGGAUUUCAAAACACUAGAAUUCCCCGUGGUUAAUGAUACAUACACUAUAUCAAAACCUGGAUGGCUGAACGAUAAGGUUAUUAAUGCUUAUUUAUACCUUUUGGUAAAUGCGGCUUCAAAAAAUGGUCGUCGCGUUCACGCUUUUAACACUUACUUCUAUUCACGAUUGCGACAAUUUGUUCUAAAAGAUGGAUCAGAAUCUAGAUUGCAUGAUAUGGUGAUGAAAUCUCGAAAAAUAGUUGAUUAUGAAUCAUUUGACUACUUGUUGAUACCCAUCAACACAAACAAUGCCCAUUGGACGGCAGUGUUGGUGGACAUUUGGAGCACUCGUAUUUAUUAUUAUGACCCUCUAGGUAAAGGAUGUCAAAAUGAGACUGCAGUGAAAUUAUGCAAAUUGUUUUUUGACGCCUUUUUCAAAUGGCGGAAGACAUGCUCCGUCGAAAUUAGAGCAAAGAGUUUUAUAAGUGGAUUUGACGUAACGUGGGAGGAAGCGUUUCCUUUGCAAAACGACUCCGCUAGUUGUGGAGUAUUUGUUCUUAUGUACAUGAGUCACAAGUUAGGAUUACUUACUUUUAACCCUGGAAUUGAAACAAUCUCAGCCAUACGAAAUAAUAUUGCGGAGGAGCUACUCAACGGCGUGAAGCGGCAGCCAAAAUCAAGUGCUAAAGAAAUGAUCAAGCGAUGCUUCACAGCAACUCGAUACAAGCAGACUAUUGGAAAUGACGUGAUUUUAUACUGCCGCGCAUACGGAGACGUGCAGGAAACGUUUACCUGGACUUUUAACGGCCAGGAAGUCUGUAAUAAACAAUUAUUCAAGUUCAACUUGACUAAUGAUAAAACUGGGAUUUAUCGUUGCCAGGUGCAGUAUAGUGACGGGGAUACACAGACAUCAAGUUGCAACGUAGAGAGUGUGACUCCAGAGCCGUUGGAGCAGAAGAAAAUAUUGCAAGAAUUUAAAGGUUUAAUUGAACGCAGUUUAGGCAAAAAAUAAGAGGUUGAUUGCGGUGCAAAUCCUUUUCACCGUAGUAUACAAACGGAAAAACCAUUGUUCAAAAUGAUGCGCGACCAGCAGCAUUUACUUCGCAGCCAUGUAUAACGCAGCCAUGUUAGAUUGCGCAACAAUGGCGAAAUUGAUAAUGCAUUCCCGAAAGCCUUUGCUACAUUUACAAGUCUUCCUCUUUUCACCUAUAUAUUACCUUAUAUUACUUUACGGAGCUCAUUCUCUUAGUGAAGGCUUUUUUGAAGGCAUUUUGCGCCGUUGCAGCAUAGGGCGCGAAUCGGCUGAAACAGGAUUUUGGGUUAAGCAUGAUUUAAAAGUAAAUUCUCCAUUUCUCCUACAACGUUUUCAAAUCGCAAUUCGUUUCACGUAUACUGAAAAAAGAUUCCUAAGUUUGAAAUACCUAUUCAUUUUACUGAAAAUUAAGAAAAUGUUACCAGAAACCAAAAAAAUCAUUUCUUACCGUAUUCUAAAAAAAAGAAAUUAUGUGCAACCCAAUGUUUGCGCGGUCGCUGCACUGACAUGUUCUACCCUUAAAUAAAUGGGACCGACCAUAGAAAAGUGAUGUAUAAUAUGCAACAUAAGACAAGCAAAUAUUGAAAAGAAAAAUGUACAAAAAUUUAGAGUGAUGUUACGAAAUGUUUACAAAAUAUUUAUCAAAUACCAGUUUUGCACUGAUGCAUGAACAUCACUUUUGUAUGGUCUGACCCAAAUACUAUUCAAACAUGCAUGUAUCGUAAUAAAUCUUUCAUUUAUAUUUACUAUUAUUUAACGACUUAUUGCAUUGCAUACACUUGCAGAAGUCGGAAAAAUAUUUAUAAUUUAUAAUUAAUGUAGGAGGAAAAAUGCACUAAUAAUGCAAGCCGUAGCUUGUGAAGAAAUAUUUUAGGACGAUUUAGACAAACAAUUACCGGUUUAAUUGUUGAUGAAAAUCAUGAAAACUUCGCGGAGUUUAUUGAAACGAAACCUUAAGGCUUCCAUGGAAAAUGCGUGGCAGCAAUCAUUGAAAACAAAAAUUCAUAUUGGUCACAAUUUACGUACGAAACAAUAAUGAAGAACGCCUGUCUCGAGUAUACCAGAAAAUUGUAUAUUUGGGGGACCGGGACAAGUUGGCAUGCCGAAUGUAUUAUAUGACAAUGACUCGUCAAUGGCGGCACAAGAGCAAUUGGUAUAAGCUGCUACAGGCAACAUGAAAGCUGUCUAACAAUAUACGGGUAUGAAGCUAUUCUUGUGUAUUAUACAACUUACAUUUGUCAUAUUUAUCAUCAGCAUCUUAAUAGACAACCAAUGAUGUACUCGCAAAAAGGGUGCAGAUUUUGAGAAUGCAAUAUAUCCCCCCAGCUGUAGAAAUUAUAUGAAUAAAUAUAUACCCAACGUCAUAAAUAUCUAAAAGAAGAAAAAUUAUAUUUUUUCGUCAUAGAAACAAUGACAUGAUUGUAGGAAUAAAUUCUGCAAUCCCCAUGGAAAAAACGGAAAUGAGUUUCAUUCAAAUGUGAAAGCCAUUCACGAAAUUAAAUCGUAACAACAGGUGAAUGCCAAAUAGACCAUGCAUGAAACAAAACCAACUCUGUUGUCUAAAUCGCGGGAAACAGAAGACUAGAAGACGUACACCAUUGAUAUAACACUAAUUAAAUUCAAAUAGCAAUUAUUUAAAGCUAUAUAGCUUUUCUCAAUGUUUAAAAUCGGCAUGUUCAACGAGUUACGUCAUAAUGUGGGAUACGACUAUUUCACAUGCCGAUUGACGUCACACCAGGCAUGAAUAAGAAACCAACAAUCAGUUACGGCGGGAUAAUAAUUCUUCACAUGUUCAACCUUAUUAUAUAAUAGUUAAUAAAACUACAUUUACAAUAUUUUAUAACUAAUAUCAAAUAGGUAAUCUAAAUAACUAUUUAUUAAAAAUAACUUCUCAGCCUC